GUGAAACUGCAGUCGACACCUGAAAAAUCACUGGCAUCCCCCCGGCGAGCGGCGAGCGGCUGCGCUCCGGCAUCCCCAUCGCAUCGCCUGGCUUCUCCAUCCCGUCCGCCUUGUCUUGUCCCGUCGGUUCGGUCGGUCUUUGUGGUCUGCGUUCCCGCCGAACGUGCCUUUUGCUGCAAUCUGCACUGCAACAUCUGCACUCGCCAUUCCCGUUUUCUUGGCUUCACGGUCGGCCAGAUCUUGGCUCUUUUCCCAUCUCCCCGUCACUCUUUCCUUGCAACAGCAGCAGACAGUGCAACCAGGCAGAGGGCGCGCAGCAUCCGUCCUUCCAAAGUUCGUCGAGUUGAUUGGGAAUUGGCAGCCACAGCAGCGAAAAGCGAGCCUCCACUUGACUUCGCAAGCAACCUCGAGCACGCCAACUUCCAUUGUCGCCAAUCUUCCCCCUAACUUCAUACCGACCAAACCCUGAAACAUCCCAGUUCUCCCCUAACGACUUCUGAUCUUUUGCCCGGCUGUCCGUCCAUUCCUUUCGCCAUCGACCAAAUCCUCUCUCGUCCUUCAACCUCAGCAGCAGCGGCAGGGCAGCAGCACCCACAGCCCAUUUUCCCCUACGGCUUUCUUUCGCAAGAAGACGGCUGUUUUGCGGAUGCCAUAAGACCCGGAGCCGAAGGGCCGCUGUAAACCCUUCGAAAUGCCCAACAAUGUCUAUGUCUGUCGAUGAGAUUCGGAAUGUCGUCCUGUUACUUAGCAAUCCAGCCUGGCGCGGUGGCACAACUAUUUCCAACACCGUCAUCAGAAAUGUGACGGCUUUAACACACACACUCACAGUUUCGACCCGCAUCGCCGAGAAUAUAACGGUCCUGGCCUCCAAGUAUGCAGCAACCCAGAAUGGCGUUAUCCAGGGUCUACUAUACGUCCCCGACCUUUCCGAGAAAUACCCUUGUGCGGAUAACUUGACCGCAUAUAUACCAGAAUCUGCUCCUCGUCGUGCUCAGCUUCCGCCCGCUAAUAUCAACCUUAUCGCCCUUGUGCCUUGGAUUAACGCCCAGUGUGCUCGACACUUCUUGAUUUCAGCUCGUCAAGACCCGGUCCGAGGUCUCAUCUUCUACAAACCCGACAACUCGACCGAAAAACCUCCCAAGGGUAGUUCAGAUGAAUGGGAUAUUGGAGACGGUGGAAAAUGGAGAUCUCAAGCUGGGUAUCCCAUCUAUGCCAUGUCAGGUGCCGCUGGUCAGCGAGUUAUGAACCAGUUGAGCUUGUACUCGGGUAACGUGUCGGAAAUACCCUUUGGUGAUAGAAUCGCCCAAGUGUAUAAUCCUAGCCCGGGCGAUUUCGUACGAGUAUGGACCGAGUUGUCGGUUUCGACCGACACCGCUCUACCUGGAAUAUGGGUCUACAUCCUGAUCAUCAUCGGUGUUCUCCUGGGCGCUAUUAUCGGGAUUUCGCUCUUGAUGCAUUUCAUCCAAGCCAAGCGUCGCUCAUCCCUGCGCAGACGUGUUAUUUCCGGCGAGGUCAACCUAGAACGAAUGGGUAUCAAGCGAUUGAGGGUGCCUAUGGAGGUCAUCGACACGUUCCCUCUCUUUACUUACCAUUACGAGCCGGACAGCAUCAGUGUGCCAACAUCGCCGAGAUCUUUACGUCCCGACAGGCCCAGGGGAUGCAGUCGCACUCAGUCGGAAGCAGCCACCGCGCAGUCCGUUUCUGGGCUAACCGUGGCUAUGUCAGAGAAAGCCCCCAGCACCGUUGCGACCGACUAUCAGCCAGCAUGCGCUAUCUGCUUGGAACCGUACCAGAACCGAGUUACGGUUAUCCGCGAGAUUCCCUGCGGGCAUAUCUUCCACACGCAAUGUAUCGACGAGUUUCUCAGCGAAAACAGCUCGCUAUGUCCGAUUUGCAAAGCCUGCAUGCUGCCCAGCGGGUACUGUCCCAAAAUUACCAAUGCGAUGGUGCGGCGAGAACGGGCGGUGCGACGACUACGAGACCGGAUAACAGUCGAAGAUUCUUGUUCGGAAUACGAAAUGGUUGAUCAAGGAAAGCCAAUCCGGGGGGGCAAGAGUCUUAGGAGCUUACUGGGGGGAGGAGAUGAGUCCAAAGCUGCGGAUGCAGCUACAAUUGGCACGACUCCAUCCCGAAUGUCAAUCAGACAGGGCUCUAUUCAACGCGCGGACCGAAAGCAACAAAAACAAGUCGAAAACAACAAUAAUGGUAAUGUGCAGAGGGGUAGUCCUCCUGUGCUCGGGAGGAAGCGGAUGCGGGAGCUGGCUGGCGGAUCUGAUAUCGACGACGGGGAGUCACAAGCACCAGCCUGGGAGAGAUUACGACGCAAAGUAUUCCCAGGCUUCUAGGUACAGCCGAAGGAUAGCUGGGCUUUUUUACGCACUUGGUGGACAGGUAGUAACAACGGCUCUUUAGAGCACUUCGAGAAACAAAUGAGCAGGCGGCAUUUUUCGCAUCCGCCUCCAGUUCUUGGAAAGAGUGGGAGGGGGGAGUAUGGUGUAGGCGAUAUGGACAUGAUACCCCUUUUCGCAUGUUUUGGCAGAUUCACAUAAAGGUGACGGGCAUAGAGGAGAGCAUUUGUACGGUUUUGGUAUCGGCGUUCUAAUCAUAUUGGGGCACUUUGUGUAUAUAGACUUGCCUCGAAUGAGGAUAUGAACUGGGAAGUUUCCAAGAGGACCUCGUAAGACAAUUUAAGGAGGUGCACGUUGAAGAAAUGACAAUGCACAAAUUUGAG